UGGCACUGAUAGCAGCAGGAAAAUAUCCUCCGAGGUGACGGUAGUUAGCAAAAAUACCUUAUAUUUUAUAUUUUGUAUGGUAUCGAUAUAAAAUUCAAAAUGCUGACAUAGUGAGGCAUUUUGCGCAUUGAUAUAGUGAUGGUUAUGCCUUCGUGCUAUUGUUUAUAUCCGUCGCUCUCUGUAACCCAAGCGUAAGCCACACGUAACUUCCUCCUGCAGAUAAGAAGCAGCGUUAGCUUCACUGGCCCGAUCCAUGUUCAGCUUGGUCUGGCUGCACCGGGUGCUUGUAUUUUCGGACUAAAAGAAAUGCCAGUCUCCUCCUCACACUGUUUCCAGCGAGUCCUGGAGGAGGAGGAGGAGGAGGACGGGAGAAUGAGAGACGAGGGUGUGAGUUCAUAAAGCAGAGACGAGGGAGGAUGAUUUCCCGGUACAACAGGAGAGCAGUGUCACACAAACUUGAGAUACGUGGCUUGUCUCGGAGUAGUCUCGACCACCAUCCUCUUCCAGAGGAGGCAGAUGAUAACCAAACCCCCCAGCACUACCUCCACGACCUCCAGGAAGCUCUUUCCACUCACAACAGCUCGGAGGCGUCUGCCACCUCGGGCCACUCUGACUGUCUGACCGUCAUCUCCGUGGACUCGGCUCAGUCCUGGUCAGGUUUCCACAGCUCCUCAGGGACUGGACUUUCUACAGAGAGGAGCUCAGUUUUCUCCUGGGGCUACGAUGAGUUUGACAAGGCGGCAUCUCGUCAGGUGCAGCAGAUGUUUGAGGAGAUCGACAAAGAGCUGUAUGAAGGCAAAGGCAGCGGCGGCGGGAUUCUCCCGGGGCUUCAGGAGGAGUGUCAGCAGUGGGCCACGCGUUUCCCACACCUGAGGAUCCUGGGGACUCAACUGGUGGAUCCCAGUGAUGAGGGCUUCCAGUGGUACGCUACCUCAGGGAAAGGAGACUCGUCCAGCAGCCUCUCAGGAAGUAAGGAGAGCGUGGUGAAGAUCCAGGAAAAAGACAGCAGAGGUGGAGCAGAGUUGAAUGUCCAGGGCCGGAGGGCGGCUCUGGUCACCUCCUCUUCCUCCUCUGCAGACCUGGACGGAGCUCCUGUCUCCUCCAGUUCAUCCAGCAGUCAGUUCAAACCCAGGGUGAUAGAGGUGGAGGGUCUGAUGGAGGAAUACCUGGCGUUUGACAGCAGGGGUUUAGAAGAAGACUGGGCCCAGGAUUGGUCCGAGUCAGGUUGGAAACACCACUCUCUGCCUCCCGUGUCUCCGUACCGCUGCCGCCACCAGGCGGUUCUGGACCUGCUGUUUGAUGACGUGUGGCGCCACCUGGUGGGCUGGAUGAAGGAGUUGGUCCAGCGGCAGUGGGAAUACUGCACCUCCAGUGACAACAAACUCUCUGGAAAUCUGAGCCCUGUGCAGCAAGACCCCCAGAAUCCGUUCAUGCUGCUGUCCACGCUGCCAACGAUGCUGCCUAAACUGGGCCACAGCAGGGUGCCGCCCCUCACGGCUGGGCUGCAGCUCCAGCCUGGAAGACUUCCAGGAGGAGCAGGUACGAUCCAACACAACCUGAACGACCUCAUUGUGAUCCACAGUAUCCCCCUGCAGCAGAGGAACCUGGGAGCUCUGGAAAGAAACCAAGAACCAGAGGAGCGACCCUCUCACAGACCAGGCUCCAGCGCCGUCUCCUCCAAUAAACCUCGUCCUCGUAGGAACCCGGAGCUGAGCUCCUCCUCCAUUGGUCGCCCAACGCAGUCGGCUCGACGCAGAAACCCCCCACCACGCACUCUCCUGCCGCUGGUCCCCAGCCUGAGUCAGUCCAGCACAGCGGGAACCAUGGAUGAGGUGGUCCGUGGGACACGUCUAGCCACAGCCAGUGACCGCCUCUCGUCUCCACUGUUACCUCUGAGCAGGAACACACUCCUCCCCCCCAUCAGUACAGGAGAGGCAGAAUCGUCUCACUCAGGGCAGCAGUCCAAACCUGCACAGAUCCAUCAGCGUCAUAAAGGUGCGUCCAGUCGUACAGACAGUGCUGUCAAUGAUGAAGCUGGAGCUUCAGUGCAGAGAGAGCGCCACCUGCUGAUGGACGUCUUCUCCCGUCCAAACACCACUCACACAUACAGGUCGGACACUCCGUACCGUCGUUCCUACACCGUAUUGGACAACAUCAGUCAGGGUCGACCAGGAAGAGCCUCAGUGGGAACAGACUCCCUGGGCAUCGGUGUGACUGGUGUCAGUCUGGGCAUCAGCAGCUCGUCUUUCUUGGACACGUUUUCCCAUCAUCCUUUGGGGCAUCUGACCAUCAAGGAUGAAGAGGGACCAGAUCCACAGGCCGCUGUUUCAGCUCCUCCGGUUCCCGUCUCUGUCCCACCUCGAUCUUACACCCGCGGAGGCAUCUCAUCCAGAGCCAGCAGACCAGGCCUGUAGUCUGACCUUUGACCUCCACACCAUUAAGCCAUGUAUCUCUGAGAUCCACAGCAUCUGUGCCCACUGAACAGUUUUUUUGUUGCUCUCGCUGCAGUAGCAUAUUAUUUUUCAGUUUAUGCUGUUUUUUUUUUGUCAGAAGCCUUUUGUAUUUCCACAAAAUGGCUUCAAGUGGCUGCCAAACCCAAAAUGAACUGGACACAAACUUCACACACAGCACCGGGAGCACACAAGGACGAUGGGCGACGUGGUGGUGUAAAUAUAAUCUAUUUAUAGGUGGAUGUUCUGUAUGUUUCUGUCGGCGGUGUGACAUUGUACCGGUGUGAGUGACAGCAGGGAAAAACACAUCCUUCACACACAGGGACAAAAAACAAACUUUGGUACUGUAUCUCUGUUCGACCAUCCUGGACACGGGUCACUGCACACAGUGACCGGGAGGAACAGUGUUCUGUUGAUGUAAACAUCAAAUCAAAAACAGAGGCCACAGGUUCACGUUUGUAAAUAAACAGGAGAAUUAACUCGUACGUCUGUACAAAAAAAAAAAAAGAUAUUUGAUAGAAGUUUCAUAAAACAUUCUUUCCUAAAUAUGGCCAAGUGUGACGGCAACAUUUAUUACAUACCGACAACUUUAAGCUGAGCUUAUUAUGAAAUCCUGAUGGGGGUGGGGGUCUCAGGGUUCUAUUCUGCUAUGUUGAAUAUAAAAUAUAAUAAAUAUUAUUGAUCAAUUACAUUA